AUCUUUCAUUUUUAUAUUAAGCAAAUGGUAGAGUGAAAAAAACUUUAAAAAUAGUUAACUAAUGAUUGACGCGCAUCAACUAGCUAGUGACUUAUGACCUGGUGUUAUUACUUGAUCAAUUACGCCUCGUUAGCGCUUGAUCAAGUUCUUUUAUUAUAAAGUUAUUCUCAAAGACUUGGAGCAAUAAAAUAUCGUCGGACAAUUUUUUGAUAGAUAAUAAAUAAGUAAAAGUCCACUGAGAUGGAGAACUCUGAACGAUGGUACUUCCACUGGGCAGACUGGUUGGUAUUUGGUACAAUGCUAAGUUUUUCAGCAGGAGCUGGUAUUUGGCACUUCAAAAAAGCUAGUCAGUCAACGACACUCGAGUACUUGCUUGGCAGAACAAGUUUGAAUGUUUUUACAGUAUCUGCCUCUCUUAUCGCCAGCUUUAUAUCUGGAGUUACGAUAUUGGGAACGCCUGCUGAAAUUUAUAAUUAUGGUACACAGUAUUGGAUAACAAUAAUAUCACUUUUACUUUGUGGAAUUAUUGUUACUUGUGUUUAUUUACCAGUAUUUAUGACUUUACGUUUAAAUUCUUGUUAUGAGUACUUAGAAUUGAGGUUUAGUAGAUCAGUUAGAUUAUUAAUUUCCCUAAUUUUCGUAGUUGAUGUGGUACUUUAUCAAUCAAUUGUCGUUUACGUACCAGCGCUCGCCUUAAAUCAAGUUACGGGAAUAAAUGUGUACCUAAUUGGCGGGAUCGUGUGUCUCGUUUGCGUAUUUUACACCGUUUUGGGCGGAAUCAGAGCUGUCGUAUGGACAGAUGCUUUUCAAGUUGGAAUAAUGAUUGCCGCAGUUCUAACAGUCACUAGUCUGGGUACUUAUGAAGUUGGUGGUCCGUCAGAAGUAUGGAAAAAAGCGCUGGAGGCCAAGAGAAUACAAUUUCUAAACUUCGAUCCUUCGCCGUACACAAGGCACACUGUUUGGUCGGUUUUAAUUGGAUCUUGUCUUUAUAGUACGUCCUACAUUGCCGUUAAUCAAACAAUAGUGCAGCGUUAUAGCUCCCUCCCAACUAUGAAAGUCUCAAAAAUAGCAAUAGGAAUUUUCACCAUCGGAAUAAUGCUUUUUAUUUCGCUGACAUGCUGGUGCGGUCUUGUUUUAUUAACAUGGUGGUCGCCGCCAAAAUGUGAUCCAAGAGCCUCAAAGUUAAUUGAAAGAGAUGAUCAAAUGCUGCCUGCUUAUGUUAUGCAGAUCGCUGGUCAUUUGUACGGAAUCCCCGGAUUAUUUACUGCCGGCAUAUUCAGCGCCGCCUUGAGUACUCUGUCUGUAGGUUUGAAUUCGACCUCAGUUGUGCUCUUAGAGGACUUUGUAAAAGGAUAUUUUCGUAUGAAGCCCAAUGAUCGUGUUUCGACGAUUUUUGUUAAGACUGUCGUUAUAUUUCUUGGAUUAUUUGCCAUGGGUUUUUUGUUCGUUAUUGAAAAACUCGGCGGUGUAUUGGCAGUCACUGGAAGUCUCUCCGCGAUAGCUGCAGGCACUUCUUUCGGGGUUUUCACCCUGGGAAUGUUAGUGCCCUGGGCUAAUUCAAAAGGCGCGCUCGUGGGUGCGAUAGCGGGAUUUUUGAUAUCCGGGUGGUCUAGUCUCGGAGCCAAUGCGAUGAUUGGUACUGGCGCUGUUAUUCCUAAGAAACUUCCAGUUGAUUUUAGUUACUGUUCCGGAAAUGUGAGCCAAAGUUUUAUAAAUCAAUUCCCGGUUGAUCACAACGAGGAUGAUGUAUUUCCGCUGUACCGGUUGUCCUACCACUGGUUCACCGGCUUGGGAACGAUCACAGUACUAAUAGUGGGAGUAAUUGUGACCUGGAUAACAGGACCAGAGGAUAUAAUAAAUGUCAAUCGCGAUUUAUUGUCUCCUGUGAUUCAUAGGUUUCUGCCGGAUCAAAAAAAUAAUUUUGAAAUGGGAAAGUGGCAGCAGAGAUCAAAUGUAGAUAUUAAUACUCAAACAACUAAUUUUUUAAAUGACCGACCUCAAAUCACAGCCCCAUUGAAUGAAACUUUGUCUUAAUAAAUAUUUUUUAUUUUAAUAAACUAAAUUAAUUACCA